AAAAUAACGAUUGUUACUGAAAAAACGAAAAUAGUAACGCGCGUUAUACGUACGAGUUACUUCCCCAGCCCUGGUAGAACCUGAUACAUUUGUCAUCGAGCGAGUAUAUAUAAAUCGUAAACAGCGUCUCUUCUUCAGUCGUCAGAAAUGAUAUGACAAGCAAAAUGCGACCGAUAGAGCGGAGCGUGAUGCGCUCUUUGAUACUAUUGCUAUUCCUUACUACUGCCAGAGGAUACUGGGAGAUAAAAUUCAACAUUACUCUUAAAAAUGGCAUUCUUAAUAUACACGACAGCAGUAACAAUUUCAUGAUUGUUAAUCUUAUGAACAAUGAUGGCACAAAUAUGGUUAAUACCUUUUACACGAGGAGUCGAUCGGCUACGCAACAGAGUCCCUCUGUACUCGAGAAUUGCGGUGACAACAAAGUGUGCGUAAAAUAUGCCGCUGCAGACGUAGAAUUCUCCAUGGAUAACGAGUUGGAAUACGUCACUAUCACUCGUAGAUUAUUCGAUCCCACUGGUGAACUCCUGGAUUGUUUCCAGCUUACUGAUGACACACAAUGGUUCGGUGGGCCGCAACUUCGCCAUCAGCACUGGCCCAUACAGCACAUGUACUAUGACGAGGAACCAUACCUGCCGACGCAUCCUCAAAAUAUGGCAAUAACCGAACGUUACUGGCUGUCCAGUAAAGGUAUUUACAUCUACGUGGACGAGAAGAAUCCAUUAUUCCUCGAUCAGAAUAAUUAUCGGGAUAAACACUUGUGCCUGAUUGCUAAGAACAAGGCGCCCUAUCGGGAUCGCAAUAACAUCAUGCUCAACUAUACGUUGGGUAUUUUUUUGGAUCCGAAAACUGCUCAUCAGCAUGCGGUGAUAAAUCAUCUACAUAAACCGGUGGAUCGUCCCAACGAACGGAUGAUUCGGUAUCCCAUAUGGUCCACCUGGGCCAGAUAUAAGGCCAACAUUAAUGAGAAAUUGGUGGAGACGUAUGCGGACGAGAUUGUCGCCAAUAAUUUCACGAACAGUCAGAUCGAAAUUGAUGACAACUGGGAAACCUGUUACGGUUCCGCAGAGUUCGAUCCCGUCAAGUUCCCCAGCAUUAGUGCUCUUAUACAGCGACUAAAGGAUAAGGGCUUCCGCGUCACGCUAUGGAUACAUCCGUUUAUCAACCGAGGUUGCGAGCCUGCGUAUUCCACUGCGUUGAACAACUCUUACUUCGCCAAAAAUCUUGACGGACAAGUUCGGAUGUCCUGGUGGCAGGGUUCAGACGCCUCCACGAUUGAUUUUACGAAUCCAGCUGCGGUGACCUGGUGGGUGGCGCGAUUAAAGCGUCUUGAGGAUCUCGGCAUCGAUAGCUUCAAGUUCGAUGCCGGCGAGAUAUCCUGGUUACCGCAGGUGCCGAUGCUAAAUGGCUCGUCCGAGUUGCAGCCAGGUAUAUUCACGCGGGAAUACGUCAAGACACUCGCUACUAACUUUGACGACAAUAUCGAAGUGCGAGUGGGAUGGGGCACCCAGGAUUUACCGAUAUUCGUUCGCAUGAUCGACAAGGACACGAGGUGGUCAUGGAACAACGGUCUGCCUACCUUGAUUACGACACUACUGCAGAUGAAUCUCAAUGGAUACGUCCACGUGCUACCGGACAUGAUCGGCGGCAAUGGUUACUUGGAUGGUUCACUCAAUGGAACGGAAUACCCAUCUAAAGAGAUAUUCAUCAGAUGGCUGCAGGCCAACGUCUUCAUGCCGUCGUUGCAAUAUUCUUUCGUGCCAUGGGAUUACGAUGAUGAAACGAUCGACAUCUGCAGAAAGUAUACCGAAUUGCACGAUACUUAUACUCCAGAAAUUCUGAGCGCCAUGCAUCAAGCUAUCAAAUAUGGCACUCCUGUAAAUCCACCUAUUUGGUGGGUUGAUCCUACCAACAGUGAAGCUCACAAAAUUAAUGAUGAAUAUCUUCUUGGAGAAUCUAUACUAGUUGCUCCGGUAAUCGAAGAGGGUGCUGAAAGUCGCGAUGUCUAUCUACCUAAGGGACGCUGGCAAGACAUGAAUCUAAACAACACAUUCUAUCAUGGACCAACACGGCUAUCAAACUAUCAUGCUCCUAUAGAAAUACUUCCAUAUUUCAAGAAAGUGUAAGAAGUGAAUUAAAAAAUUUCAAUAUAAAAUUUUAUUUGUACAAAUGUACAUAAAUUAUCUUGUAACAUGUCAUAGAUUUUUAUUUCGAGAUUGCAUAUAUGUUUUCUUUCUUCAUAUGUAAAGAUAAAAUAUUAAUCAAGGAAAGUCAAGCAGGAUAAAUAAAUUUGCUACCUGCUUACCAGUAAGGAACAAA